CUGCCUACAAUUCCAUCGUAACUCCACAUUAGAAUUUUCCAAAGAAUGAUGUAAUAAAAUUAACUCUUCACAGUUCACACCCAACCCCUCCACUUCUUCCACCUUCCUCACUCAUUCUCUCUCAUCUUCGCUCACUUUCUCUUUCUAAAAAUGGCUGCCAGACCACCAGAACACGAACACUCCCCUAUGUUAGGUCCCACAAUUCCUCCAACACCCUCCUCCUCCGCUCUACUAAUCCACCAAUCUCCACCGUCCAAACAACCAAUCGACUUCAGUCCACCGUUGAUCGCCAUGGUGGUUGUGGCAGCCGCAGCUUUCCUAUUCAUCACAUACUCCCGUCUUAUCUCCCGACAUCUCUUUCCUCCUUUUCUUCGCUUCUUCCGGCGUCACCGCCGCCGUAGAUUCUUCCCUUCGUCCGAUUUCGGCUCUCCUCCGCCGCCUUACGAGUCCUCUGACGGCUUCUACGUUUACUCGCCUUACGGCCUUGACGAAACAGUGAUCAAGAAUAUUCCGUUAACAAUCUACCAGUUUCCGACGAAGUUAGGGUUUAUCGAAGUGGACGGAUUUAAUGAUUGCGCAGUUUGUUUACUUGAUUUUGAGGAGGGAGAAGGUAUUCGCACUCUGCCUCUAUGUUGUCACGCCUUCCACGUUGAGUGUAUCGACAUGUGGCUUCGGUCGCACGCUACGUGUCCUCUCUGCCGCGCCGGAGUUUACCUCCCUCCGCCGCUGGAAUCGCCGUUGUUGUCGCCGCUUAUGGCAGCGAGAAUCCGUCCGAGUUUCGACGAAGGAAUCCUCCUCGAGAGUAUGUUUUUAGAACCGCUGCCAGAAGUUGACUUGGAGCAUAAUUCUGGUGAAAUUCAGGAGAUUUUCUCGCCUGAGAGGAGGAUAAUUCAGUCGGAGGAUCACCGCUAUAAUAGAAGAGAGCUGGAUUUUCUACUUAAAAGGUCGUAUUCGUUUGGUUUUGAGCGGAGUUUCCCGUCUGAAAGGUUAGUUAUGGAGGCGGCAACAACGCCAUAUCACCACCGACAGCGGCGGAGCUUCUUAUGGACAAAACGACCGUCGUCAACGCCGUUCAGAUCGUUGGCGAAAUCCAGAGUGUUUUCCUUCCGGCGAACGAUAAAAUCGCCAUCAUUUUUCCGGCGGCGAGGGUUUUUCCCUAUGUCGGAGUCCUCAACAAGCUUACGGUACGCCAGCACAGACGAAUCUUCCAGAAGAAUGAAGCCGAUGGCGUCGCCGUUGUUUGCAAGACCGGGAAUAUUUUCGUCGAGUAGAAUGAGGACGGGUGAUCCUGAAGCGUUAAUUUCACCGGAGAGGUUUAACAGACGGUAGAAGAUCAUGACACGUGGGAGGUGAGAAUGGCGUUGGAUUAAGGAGGAAAUGGACUGUGGAGAUGGGUCGGAGGGGUGUAAAUGUGGUGGGGGGAGGUGGCGUAAAUGUAGUAGGAAAUUUAAUGGGAGGUUGUGUCAACUGUCGAGUGCAUUAAAUGGGUGAAAUUGACGACAGAGAAAUUAAAAAUAUGAAGGGAGUGAUAGACCGAUGGAGAGAGAUAAUAUAACUUUUAAAUAUGGAGGUUUUGCUUUUUAAUUAAUUUUGGGGUUACUCUCUCUCCAUCUAUCUACUUCUCUCUAGAUCCAUAGUCACAAAUGUAAUGAUGUAAACGAGAUUUAAUGACGGUUUUUUGGUAAUUAAUUGUAGCAUUAAAGUUGAUAGGUUAUGAAAUAGGAGUAGAACCGUAGAAGUGACGAUCAAUUGUAACCCUAAAUUUAGUGAUGUAGACGAAAUUUUAAUCGAGAGUGGGUUAGAAAAUAGGGUUACGUUGUUGAUUUGAUUGGAUUGAUGUUGGUUAGAAAAAAAUAGAAAAGCCGGUCAUUAAAUGUUAGGAAUUAAUUUGUGGUA